CAAAAUGCAAUUGAAAAAAUGUGCGUCACACAUACAGCACUAGUGGAGGAGUACGGUAAUGGAGUGGAUCAUGACGGUUGUACGAUAACGAAUGCUGGGCAUGUUCGAUAUUGUGUUUGUCAAACUGACGAGUGUAAUCGUCUCACGAUCAACGAACAGGUCAGUGUUUCCAUGUAUAUUUCAUCGAGUGAGUAUGAGUUUUGCUCAUCAAAAGAUCCGAGUGGAUCGAAUUUAUCAAUUGUUUUUACUUAUCUUCGUUGUAAUUUGUAA